CCUGCCGAUAUUAGCACGCGCCAUGAGAGACGUUCAGAGCGCCUGGUUCAGAAUGACACACUGUCAUACAGGCAGUCUUUAAAAACUUCUGUUUGCAUUAAAAUUGUUAAGUAAUGCUUUAUUAAAAUGCGUGGCAGCUGUAUGCUUGCUAGAUUUAUAUAAGGGGAAAUUAUAUCUGACCGCAAAAAGAAUGAACUGUUCCAACAACUAUGUGUGCAAAAGAUUUUAUAUUAAGCUUGUUCUCACUCAAUGGAAAAUCUCACACUAUAGUAGACGAUGUUCAUAUACAUGAGCACAUUUAGAUUUGAACAGCAAUAAAAAAAACAAAUGUCACUGAAAAACAAAACAUUUGUUAUGAAUUCAGAUUCACAAAAACACAAAAGAGAAGAGGUGAAUACAUUCAUCGCAGGUUUAAACGCACGUGUAAAGCCACUGUAGCAUUAAGCUUGUAAGUCUGAGUAACAGAUUGCAUGGGCUUGUCUGAUUGUUUUGCGCUGACAGUUUAAGUAAGUUUGGGCGCGUUGGAGACAGACACAGAGGCUCGCUCGCCCGCGCGACGGGCCAGCUCCACGCGAACGUGCGGACAGCGACCAAUAAGAACGGCAGAGCCGCCGUGGGGGUGGUCCUCGUGCCGUGUCCAGGCGCUUAAACGCAGGGAGCGGAAUUCAAACCAACACUUCAGUAGCUGGUCACACAUGAUGCGAUGACCAGGAGUUCAUGGCGCUUUGAAGACGAGCGACUGAAAGUUCCCCGAGGCUGAAGGAACGCGCAGAGGGAAAGAGCGUGCGCGCGGCAGACGGGAGGGAGCACGCGACCUACUCGGUAUGACAUUUUUUUUUGUGUGCGGUCGUACUUUCAGACGCGCUGAACACGGAAUUACCGACGUUGCAUUAGUUUUCCGUUUCUCACAUGCUGAUCCUAGAACGGAAAACCCCGAAUGCCGACGAUCAUAAGAACAAAUGCAAUGGUUUAAACAUCCGGAAAACAGUUUAUCCCGGGAUUACCCAAAUCAGAAUAUCAGACGCUUGUUUGUGACACUGUUCAUACCGGCACCUGCGACGUUCAUAGGAGAAUCCUCCCGGUAACUGUACUGGUUCUCUCGUGACUCCUCUCCGUAGAUAUAAGAGCUUAUGAGUGCAGCUUUUAGUUCGUCUUUCAUGAUGAUGCAGCGUCCGGUGGGAAGUACCACUGCCUUCAGCAUCGACUCGCUCAUCGGUGGGCCACCGCAACCGAGUCCGGGCCAUUUCGUGUACACGGGGUACCCCAUGUUCAUGCCCUACCGGUCGGUGGUGUUGCCGCCGCCCCCUCCGCCUCCGCCUGCUCUACCCCCGUCCGCGCACCCGCACCACCAGAUCCCCGGGUUACCGGGCGGCUUCUGCUCCAGCCUGGCGCAGGGCAUGGCUCUCACGUCCUCGCUCAUGGCCACUCUCCCGGGAGGGUUCUCCACCUCGCCACAGCACCAGGAAACUGCCAGGAAGUUCGGAUCUCAGUCUCUUCACGCGGUCUUCGAGAAAUCUCAGGAUAUUCGUUUGGACGGAGACGACGGGAAAAGUUUUCUAACGAAGGAUUCCACGGCAUUGCUUCCGUUCCACGACGAAACCGCGCAGGCGACUACAGUGCGAAGUCACAGCAAAGACGAUUCAAAAGAGGACGAGUGCAACAGAAAGGACGAGAGCUUCUCCAUGGACAGCGACUUAGACUACAGCUCCGACGACAACGUCACCGGUAACGCGCUGUGUCAGAAAGACGACGGAGACGCCAACGCAGGACUCGAGGAGGGCGCCCACGGUGGGAACGGCUCUGGCAAUACCACAUCGACCGGUAAAAACCGGAGACGGAGGACGGCUUUUACGAGCGAACAACUUUUGGAACUAGAGAAGGAAUUCCACUGUAAGAAAUACCUUUCUCUCACAGAACGGUCGCAGAUAGCCCACGCCUUAAAGCUCAGCGAGGUACAGGUCAAAAUUUGGUUUCAGAACCGGAGAGCCAAGUGGAAACGGGUCAAGGCAGGGAACGUAAACACCAAAGCCGGCGAACCUUCCAGAAACCCCAAAAUUGUGGUACCCAUUCCGGUGCAUGUCAGUCGGUUUGCAAUACGGAGCCAACACCAACAGUUAGAACAAGCGAGACCUUGAUACAUUUGUCUUUAAAGUUGGACCAAAUACUAAAUGAGUUAACAUAAAUUAAUCAUUUUAGAGAUGAAACUAAAAUCCACAUAUUAGAUAUGAAUUUGAGGUUGAGGUGGAUAUCUCCGCUUGCCCUUGAGGAGUAAAGGAAAUUCGAAGCAAGCGACGGCUUGCGCGUUGCUUAUAGGCCUGGCCCAGCUUCUGAUGACUCGAGGUUCUGGUAACUGGGAAAAGAAACUGGUAAACCGAACCCUCUUAGAACAAAAGACCUAAGGAGCACAUAGAGAGAGAGAGAGAGAGAGAGAGAGAGAGAGAGAGCAAGAGCGAGUGAGAGUUGUUGCGGACCAAAUUACGAACAAAUCACAAACCAGAGACAGACUGUUCUCACGAUUUAGCGGCACAUUUCAGAGUUAAGAAUAAGUUACAUUUGAAUCUGUACUGGUCUGUUGGCCGCCGUGAGGUUUCUAGGAUCCCGCGUGCGUUUCUUUUAAAGCUCGAGCCUCCAGACUCACUGUCACACUUACACUGAAAGUGAAACUCAACGGCGUCCCCUCAACACUGUAGCCUGCGCCAUUAAACCCGUGUUCUUUAUUUGUUGUUAUUAAGAUCCAUUCAUUUUCGGUUUCUUUAAUUUAAAAAAUUCCUGACUUCAUGGGGCACGUUGCUAAUUUAUUUGAUAUUGUGCUAAAAAAAAGUUGCGAACCGUUGAUGACUAUUUUGAUUUAAAAUUAUUGUGUGGAUUAAAGGUGGACCAUAAGCAACUAUGAAA